GCCAUGCCAAUCAGCAGGGAAAAAAGUUAAAGAUCUCCGCUGAUCGGAGGCGAGAAGUGGAGCGGGCAGCGUGGCAGCCAGGCCUGCUGCACCGUGACUUUAUGAGGGGCGGCGGGGCGAAAGCUUCGGGUGGAAUUUAAUCAACUCAAGGAGGAAAAGGCGGGCGCGAGAGCUCGUAACGUCACAAUGAUAUGCUAAUAAGGCCGCGCGCGUGCGCGUUGCCGGCCGAGUGUUUCCCAAGUGUUUCAAACUGGGCUCCGGGUUUCCACGUUGGAUCAAGUGUCCCAGGUCUGGGAUCGGACUGUGCUCUGUAUGUGAGUGAGAGUGUGUAUGUGUAUGUGUGUGUGUAGUAGAGAAGAGACAGAGAGAGAGAGAGGUGGAGAUUGGGGAGGAGAGAAACCCCCCCUCCCCACAUUCCCUACUCAAAUAGGAGGGGAGUCUUCCCAUUCAUCUUCUACAUCUUUGCGGCCUGUUUUUUUUAAAAUAAUUAGCUUUUCUUUUCAUAAAAUAACAAGAGAUUCGGAGAGGACGUGAGUGAGUGAACGAGUGAGUGAGGAAUCCUUUUUACUCCUGACGGUUUUUUGUCAGUUUAGCAGAGAGAGAGAGAGAGAGAGAAAGUCACCCUUCUCCUUCUCCAACAAAUAACAAAUGUAGCUUGGAAGAUGCUGAGUCCUGCGAACGGAGAGCAGAUACACGUUGUGAACUAUGUGGAAGACUAUCUGGAUUCAAUCGAGUCUUUGCCUUUUGAUCUCCAGAGGAACGUUUCUCUGAUGAGGGAAAUCGAUGCAAAAUACCAAGACAUCCUGAAGGAACUAGAUGAAUAUUAUGAGAAACACAAGAGGGAGACAGAUGUGGUUCAGAGGAGGCGGAUUCUUCAUUAUAUCCAGAGAGCUUUGAUCCGGAGCCAGGAGUUGGGCGAUGAGAAGAUCCAAAUUGUCAACCAGAUGGUGGAGCUGGUCGAGAACCGAAGUCGACAGGUGGACAGCCACGUCGAGCUCUUUGAAAACUGUGCAGAGAGCAAUGACGCCAACAACAAGUCCUCACUGGACAGAUCCAGGAAUGACGGUGCAACACCAACAGAAAAACCCAAUGCCAAAAGGUCCCGGAGGCGCAACAAUGAGAACCGGGAGAAUGCAUCCAGCAACCAUGACCAUGAGGAGACAAGUACUGGAAUGCCAAAGGAAAAGAAGGCCAAGACUUCCAAGAAGAAGAAGAGAUCCAAAGCAAAGGCAGAGAGGGAAGCCUCUCCCGCGGACCUGCCUAUUGACCCCAAUGAGCCCACUUACUGCCUCUGCAACCAGGUCUCCUAUGGGGAGAUGAUUGGCUGCGAUAAUGAGGAGUGCCCCAUCGAGUGGUUCCACUUCUCUUGUGUGAGUCUGAACCACAAACCUAAAGGCAAAUGGUACUGUCCAAAAUGCAGGGGUGAGAAUGAAAAAACCAUGGACAAAGCACUGGAGAAAUCCAAAAAGGAAAGGGCCUACACUAGGUAGUUGCAGUGCCAACCUUUUGUUUUCUGUACAGCAACACAAAUUAAUGUAUAUUUAUUAUUGAGAGGUUUCCCUCUUUAGAUGAAAGAAUGGUGGGAGUGUAUUUGACAAACUAUUCCUUCUAAAGACCAGUUUUUUUUUAUUUUUAUUUGCAAGUAGGAAAGAGGGAAUAAAGAAAUCCUGGUUUUUAAGUCUUGUGUCCAGUGCCUGGACUGUUUUUGUUGUGUUUAAAAAAAAAACACUUUUCUUGCAACAAUUCUAAAACCAUCUGUGUUUCAUUUAUUAUUAAUAUUUCAUUCCCACCACAACAAAAGACAAAACAAAUUGGACAAAAUGGUUUUAUUAAAAUAUUUAUCAGAUUUUUUUAAGUUUCUCAGAUGUAAAAAUGUACAGAUGUGAGCUUUCCAUGUAUAGUGUAUGAUUCAUCAGCAUAGGCCUUUAACCAUAUUGUAAGAAAUAAUUUUAUUGUUACUUGUUUAACAGAAAAAAAACUGUACAGCAGUGAUAUAUAUAUAUAAAACAAAAGUCCAGAAAUGAAAUGCCUGGCAGUUGUGUCUCUGAUUUCUGCCUCACCCAGUGACGGGUGCAGUAAGGAUUUCACAGUAGAGCCCUGGGUAAUGUUAUAGAGAGUCCUAGGGGUUUGGGCACAUAAUUCCUUGAAAUUUGGAUCACAGCUAGAUGGGUGUCUAAGAAGGCACUUUGUAUGCUUGCCUUCAUUGCUCAGACCUUUUGAGUGUGGGAGUUGGCUCGUUGUGUUGAGGUCGUACAUGACGUUGUUGAAGCCUCUCCUGGAAUACUGUUAUAGGAAAGAUACUAUUAACCUGGAGAGGGUUCAGAAAGGAUUUAAGAGCAUGUUGCCAGGUAUGGAGGGUUUGAGACAUUAAAAAAUAGACUGGAACUUUUUCACUGGAGUGUAGGAGGUCGACAGUUGGAAUUUAUUGAGGUUAAUAAAGUCAUGAGAGGCAUAGAUAAUGACAAGCAUCUUUUCCCUAGGGUCGGGGGGGUGUAAAACUAGGGAGAUAUUUUUAAGGUGAGAGAAAAUGGAUUUUAAAAAGGACAUGAGGCGCAUUUUUGCUUUUUACAGAGUCAUUCGUGUGUGGAAUGAACUACCAGAGAAAGUGAUGGAUGCAGCUACAGUCACAAAAUUUAAAAGAUAUUUGGAUAAGUUCAUGAAUAGGAUAGGUUUGGAGGAUAUGGGCUAUGUGCAGGCAGGUGGGAUUAGUUUAGUUUGAGAACAUGGUUGGUGUGAACUAGUUGGACCAAGGGUCUGUUUUCAUGCUGUCUGAUUUGGAAGCAUUGGAAAUUGGAGUAGAAGUAGGCCAUUCAGCUCAUCAAGCCUGCUUCCACCAUUCCAACCGAUCAGUGCCUUGAUCAACCUCUACAUCAUUUUCUCCAUCUUUCCUGAUGUCACUUAUAUCCAGAAAUCUACCAAUUUCUUUCUUGAACAUGCUCAAUGAUUGAACUUCCAAAACCCCCUCAGGUAGAGAUUUCCAAUGAAUCUUCACCCUCUGAAUGGGAAAAAAAAAAGUUCUUCUCUCAGUCUUAAAUGAACCACCUCUUUUUUCUGGUCCUAGACUCACCAGAAAAACUAUGCAUUCUAUCCACAUCUGUCUUAUGUAGAAUCAAUGGAUUCACACCCACAGCUUUUCCUAUGGGGAAGUUUUAAUAUGGCUAUGUCAUGCCACUCUCAAUCAGGGUCUCCUCAGUGUAUCCCUUCUUUGAGGGGUUGCAUGUGAUGGUUGGACUCAGUUUACUUGUUAGUGGCAAUUGUGUAGUGGAAGCCUACAGUGUGGAAAAGUCAUUUUGUAGAUGUAAUUAUGUAGCAGGAAUGUUGCCUCACAUAAACAUCUGUA